CCCUAUUCCCCUUUUCAAUAAAUAUCUAUACCGUGUUUUUGUGGUGUAAACUGUGCAUUAGUUGAUGCUUACGUUUUGAUGACGCUGAUUCUAGGAUUCUAGUUUUAAAAAGGGAAAUUCUUCGGGAAGAAAGAUGUCUGGUGAAAGUGUUGAUGUGAACAGAACAUUCCAUUUUGAAGCAGUUCGCAAGAGUAAUUAAGUUCCUAAGAGGCGUGCAAUGGAUGUGGAAUUUGAUGAAGAUGAUAACAUAGACGAGGAAGUACGUUACCUUGGAAGACUCAGUGCUUAUAAGGAGAGAAAAAGAGAGAUAUCAAUGGUUUCAGAUGGUAGGCAAGAGGAUAAGGAUUACGUGCAAGAAGAAGAACCAACAUCAGUUGAUGAACCUAGAUACACAAUCAAGAAGCUGGGAUUCGUUGGAGGAAGGAAUGAAUCAACUACAAUAACACAUAAUCAGGCUCUUCAGACAGCCAAAGAUGGUUUUCUUGUUCCUGGCACCAGUCUUCUUGAGUUCUCAAAUGGUUUACCUUCACCCCCUCCUAAAAGGGAGUGUUUCUCUGUCUCUAUGUUCUUUGGAUCAGUCUCAUUUUACAUCUUGGAUAGGGAAUGAUAUAAGAUACAAUUAUUUUACACCUUGAGUAACAGUGGCUUGAUGCUAAACCUAUUUUAUUUCCUUUAUUGGUCUGUUGAUGGCAGAACAAAAGACUAAGCUCUCUGAAGUAGAGCAGCAAUUAAAGAAAGCUGAGGCUGCACAGAGGCGUAUAAUACAAUCAACGAAGGCAGCUAGGGAGGCUGAGGCUGAGGCAAUCAGAAAAAUAUGCUGCCUGGAUUAUGAAAGAAAGAAGGAAGAAAAGAUUAAGAAGCGGCAUGAUGAAGUGGUUCAGGCAAAGGCUGCCAAGAUGGAUCGCUUGGACCAAAUACUGUUAGAUGGGUCAUUGGUCCGGCUGGAACAACGGUUAUUUUCUCUGAUGACAUUGGUCUGCCACGCAUAUUUAAUUCAGUGUCGUGCAGUUAUCCUCCACGACGUGAAAAAUGUGCAGGUCCAAAUUGUACAAAUGCCUAGAAAUAUCGAGACUUGAUGUCGAAGCUUCCCCUGUGUAGCCUCCAUUGUUAAAACGCAACACAUGAAAAGAUGCAGCCUUUAAUUGCCUGCUGAUAUCAUAGCUGUUCUUCCCAGGUCACUGAAAGAAAUCGAUGGCUGUAUAUUUGGUAACCUUGUGUUGCUGCAAAGACAGCAUGAUUAGUCUCAGCGUGAGGUCGGUUUAGUCAAAUAUGAUUUAUAGCAUUCCUUUGUCAUAUAUUUUUCCUUUUCAAAUAUGAAUGCACCCAGUCAUUGAAAGAGAAUUCUAUGAUUGUCCGGUUUCU